AGCCACAAAUACAGCUAAACGCUGCCCUCUCUCCGCCUUUCUCCGAUUUUUUGACUAAAAACAAGAAGAAAUGGAGGUCUCAGUCUCUGCUUCUCGCCUCCUGAACACAACUUCCUUACCUUCAGUAGCCAAACCAAGGGUCAGAAUUCAUCACACAAGUCCAGUACCUGUACGUAUCAGUCACCCAAUCUUAUCUUCAACUCCUAUUCAAAUGAACCACUCUCUGUCCUCUCUCCACGCCGUCCCACUCCAAGACAACGGCUCCACUGUAACCACAACCCCUUCACCAACCGAAUCUAGUGGAAAUGAAGUUCGAAUUGGUGAAGUUAAGAGGGUCACAAAGGAAACUAACGUCUCGGUUAAGAUAAAUCUGGACGGUACUGGAGUUUCUGAUUCCACUACUGGAAUUCCAUUUCUUGAUCACAUGUUGGAUCAACUUGCUUCGCAUGGGUUGUUUGAUGUGCAUGUAAAGGCAACUGGAGAUAUUCAUAUUGAUGAUCAUCAUACUAAUGAAGAUGUUGCACUUGCUAUUGGAACUGCAUUGCUGCAGGCACUUGGUGAUAGGAGAGGGAUUCAUCGGUUUGGGGACUUCUCAGCUCCUCUUGAUGAGGCUUUGAUACAUGUUUCAUUGGAUUUAUCUGGACGGCCGCAUUUAAGUUAUGAUUUGCAAAUUCCCACUCAGAGAGUUGGAACAUAUGACACACAGUUGGUGGAGCAUUUUUUCCAGUCUUUGGUGAAUACUUCUGGUAUGACACUUCACAUCCGGCAGCUUGCUGGAAAAAAUUCUCAUCAUAUUAUUGAAGCAACAUUCAAAGCAUUUGCCAGGGCUCUUCGACAAGCAACAGAAUAUGACCCCCGUCGUCUUGGGACAGUGCCAAGCUCAAAGGGUGUUUUGUCACGAGCUUGAUGCUUCUUGAUCAUCAUGCAAAGGAUGGUUUAGGCUGGCAUUCAGGCAUCACUAGCAGUGAAGGCUUUAUAUUUGUGCAUACAUUGUUAAAUGCAUUUUGGUGAUUUCUUGCAAUUUGUGUUUGCUUUAGUCAGGUGACCACUAAUAUGGUAUGAUGAUGCAAGCAUGGUAAAGUUUCUUGGUGUCUAUUAAGGUUCUUCUGAAGGCUGUCUAAUACGGCAACACAUAAAAGCUAUAAAUGUCAGGUUGCUAUAAUGAUUAGUCUGUGUCCUGUGAACAUGAAGGAUCCAAAUAAUGCUGUAUUCCAGACAAUGUCUCCCUUUUUGCUACUUGACAGAAAAGAGGGUAUGCUUGUAAAGAAUAAAUUCUUUUGGGAUGAUGUUGAGCACAUGGCUCUUAAUUGGUAUUUGUUGGAACCCGCUAUUUAUGAAGCUUCUUGAUGAGCGGCCAAUUGUGCACUCAGCA